UUUACCAACCAAAUAAAAAGAAGGCCAAAGGUGGUAGAUGCAUGAGCCUCAAAUACCACCACAACUCAAAACUCAUUAAACUCUUCUCCUUCUUUUAUUUUGUUUCUCCUCAACAAGUAUCUCCAGAACUAUAUAAGAUCUUCUUCUCACUUACCGCCUUCUUCUUUUCCCUUCAGUUUAAUUAAGGUGGCGGUGGUGGUAGGUUUGGUUUCUCAUUGAGGGUUGACUUCAUUUGGAUAAAAAGUCUUGGGCCAUUAUAAUUCAAUCAAAACACAGAUUCAAUAGCCUAGCAUCCUAUAGCAGAGAAGUGAAAAAAAAAAUUCAAAAGUCAAUAUGGUGAGCUUAAGAAGGCGCAGGCUACUGGGACUUUGUUGUGGACCAAAUGGUUAUGUGACACCGCUUCCUUUUCUAACUGCUGAGGAGAUGAUCUCUGGGAUUCCAAAUCCUAAUGGCGUAGCAGCUUAUGGUUCCGGGCCUAAGGAGGAGAAAACGCCUAUUGAAGAAGGGACACGCUCCCAGAGGCAAAGAACUCCUUCAAAAUAUAUUAUGCAUUUCAUGUCUGAUUCCUCAGCUAUUUCACCGGAUGAUUCUGGUCCCAUCUCUCUUAAAAUGGAGCAAGACUUAUGUGAUUCAGACCAGCCGUUGAAACGAAGAAAGCGGCAUAGAAGAAAGCAAGUAAAGAACCAAGAACCAUGUUUGAUGAGAGGAGUCUAUUACAAGAACAUGAAAUGGCAAGCAGCCAUUAAAGUUGAGAAGCGACAGAUCCACUUGGGAACUUUCUCUUCUCAAGAAGAGGCUGCUCGUUUAUACGAUAGGGCUGCUUUCAUGUGUGGAAGGGAACCAAACUUUGAGCUCUCGGAAGAGGAUAAACGAGACCUCAAACAACAAAGCUGGGAAGGGUUUUUGGCUUGCACACGCCGAAAAAUUACCAACAAAAAACCUAAGAGAAGGAUGGAGCCAGAGGAACUCUAAUUAGGGUGGGUGUAGUUGAUGAUGAGAUCAAUGGUAGUUAUGGACCUUAUGGUACGCUGUUUACCUGAAGAAAAAAGAAGAACGAGAUUCACAAAACGUGACUAUUCUUGCAGACAUCUCUACAAUUUUUUGGCAGGGGUAAAGAGACUCAAUACGAAGAAAAUGUUAGAUACAUAUGAGGCUUAAGAGAUGUAUGAAACAAUUGAUAGGAUUUUUUUUUUCUAUAUUUAUUCAGACAUGAUUUGUGUAGCUUAUACCUCACGGGUAAGUUGCUUAAUAUAUUACAAAAGAUUUAUUAAAUUUGAUUUUUAUUAUUA